UCCAUAAUUUUUCAUUUACGAUUCCAAAAAAGGUAAAAAAAAAAAAAACAAAUCGAACUUUGACAUCUUUUACCCAUUUAAGCAAAUGACAAGUAAAUUUCUUAAUAUUUACCCUAAUAUUAAAUCUUUUGGUGAAAAUGCCUAUCUCUGAUCAGACAUCGUACAAACGUGCCUAUUGCAUAUAUUUAUUGUUGUUUUUUAUAUUGGACAUACAUGGAAGAACAAUAAGUUGCCAUUGAUUAUCCUACACGACUUCCAAAAUGAUGUUAACAUCCUAUUAAUUAUCCAAUUUGCUUUUGCAUGCAGGAUUAAGAUCGUCGUCAGAAAAUCAUUGAUAAGAUAUGGAACCUCCAAACAACCUAUUCGAAGCUGAAGUAGAAUCCGAAAUCACCACCCCUUGUUCACGCCUAAUCACUAAUCCCACACUUCGUAUUGAGCCACCCAUGACACUCGACCUAACCCUCGGCUUCACCAACACCGCAGUACAGCUUUUCUCGUGCAAUUACUGUAGGCGCAAGUUCUACAGCUCGCAGGCAUUGGUAGGGCAUCAGAACGCACACAAACAAGAGAGGAGGAUCCAAAAGAGAGCCAUGACGUUGAAAAUGUUAUCGGAAAGAUAUGCAAGCCUUGCAUGUCUGCCUCUUCAUGGAUCAUCUUUACCUCUUCAUGGAUCUUCAUCUCAGACGUUGGGUAUUGAACAACAUGUCGCAUUACAUCAAGGGGUUCAAGCCAAUAGAGGUCGAGAAAUCUUUGACCGCAGCUAUCUUGGGAUCCCCGUAAACAUGGAGGUGGAUGAAGCUAAACCGUUUUGGUAUGAUAGCUUCCAGCGUAUCAAUGAUGCUGGUUGUUCGUCGGCUACACCCGAUCUUACUUUGAAACUUUGACCUUUUGCUCGAGGGUGUCACUUGUUGCACAAGAUGUGACAUAAAAGUAUGAUUAAUGGUAGUGUAGUAUUAUGUUUGGUGUGUAUUGAGUAGAGAUUUAUGACAAUGGGA